CUGGGGGCGCUUGGCUUGGCGCCCGAGGCUACAAGGCUCCGGGUCCCAGGAGGCCCGGCUACAGGCCCUGCGUUGCCCCUUCUCCCCUCGGCCUCGCCGGACGCCUUGGGCAAGGAGCGUCUCCCAGAAGUCGUGGGUACAGCGCAGAGCUCAGCGCGGCUGCCUCAGCCGCAGCCGCAGCAGUGUGAAAGACCGACGCCGCAGCCAUGACCACCCACGUCACUUUGGAAGAUGCCCUGUCCAACGUGGACCUGCUGGAGGAACUGCCCCUCCCAGACCAGCAGCCAUGCAUCGAGCCCCCGCCAUCCUCCAUCAUGUACCAGGCUAACUUUGACACGAACUUCGAGGACAGGAAUGCAUUUGUCACGGGCAUUGCAAGGUACAUUGAGCAGGCAACGGUCCACUCCAGCAUGAAUGAAAUGCUGGAGGAGGGCCACGACUAUGCAGUCAUGCUGUACACCUGGCGCAGCUGCUCCCGGGCCAUCCCACAGGUGAAGUGCAAUGAGCAGCCCAAUCGGGUAGAGAUCUACGAAAAGACGGUGGAGGUGCUGGAGCCAGAGGUCACCAAGCUCAUGAAGUUCAUGUACUUUCAGCGCAAGGCCAUCGAGCGCUUCUGUAGCGAGGUGAAGCGGCUGUGCCACGCCGAGCGCAGGAAGGACUUUGUGUCCGAGGCCUACCUGCUGACCCUGGGCAAGUUCAUCAACAUGUUCGCGGUCUUGGACGAGCUCAAGAACAUGAAGUGCAGUGUCAAGAACGACCACUCUGCCUACAAGAGAGCGGCCCAGUUCCUAAGGAAGAUGGCGGACCCCCAAUCCAUCCAGGAAUCUCAGAACCUGUCUAUGUUCCUAGCCAAUCACAACAGGAUCACCCAGUGUCUUCACCAGCAACUGGAAGUGAUCCCCGGCUAUGAGGAGCUGCUGGCAGACAUUGUCAACAUCUGUGUCGAUUACUAUGAGAAUAAGAUGUACCUGACACCCAGCGAGAAGCACAUGCUCCUCAAGGUGAUGGGCUUUGGUCUCUAUCUGAUGGAUGGAAAUGUUAGUAACAUCUACAAGCUGGAUGCCAAGAAGCGAAUCAACCUUAGCAAAAUUGAUAAGUUUUUUAAGCAGCUGCAGGUGGUGCCCCUUUUCGGCGACAUGCAGAUAGAGCUGGCCAGAUACAUUAAGACCAGUGCUCACUAUGAAGAGAACAAGUCCAAGUGGACGUGCACUCAGAGCAGUAUCAGCCCCCAGUACAACAUCUGCGAGCAGAUGGUUCAGAUCCGCGACGAUCACAUCCGCUUCAUCUCUGAGCUGGCUCGCUACAGCAACAGCGAGGUGGUGACAGGCUCAGGCUUGGACAGCCAGAAGUCAGAUGAAGAGUACCGGGAGCUUUUUGACCUGGCCCUGCGAGGCCUGCAGCUUCUCUCCAAGUGGAGCGCCCAUGUCAUGGAAGUGUACUCCUGGAAGCUGGUUCACCCCACAGACAAGUUCUGCAACAAGGACUGCCCAGGCACCGCGGAAGAGUACGAGCGGGCCACGCGCUACAAUUACACCAGCGAGGAGAAGUUUGCCUUUGUGGAGGUGAUUGCCAUGAUCAAGGGUUUGCAGGUGCUCAUGGGGAGGAUGGAGAGUGUCUUCAACCAGGCCAUCCGCAACACCAUCUACGCAGCCCUGCAGGAUUUCGCCCAGGUGACGCUGCGGGAGCCGUUGCGGCAAGCAGUUCGCAAGAAAAAGAAUGUCCUUAUCAGCGUUCUGCAGGCAAUUCGAAAGACCAUCUGUGACUGGGAGGGAGGCCGAGAGCCCCCCAAUGACCCAUGCUUAAGAGGGGAGAAGGACCCCAAAGGUGGCUUUGACAUCAAGGUGCCCCGCCGUGCUGUGGGCCCGUCCAGCACACAGCUGUACAUGGUGCGCACCAUGCUGGAGUCGCUCAUUGCCGACAAGAGUGGCUCCAAGAAGACGCUCCGAAGCAGCCUGGACGGCCCCAUCGUCCUGGCCAUAGAGGACUUCCACAAGCAGUCCUUCUUCUUCACGCACCUGCUCAACAUCAGCGAGGCUCUUCAGCAGUGCUGUGACCUCUCCCAGCUCUGGUUCCGAGAAUUCUUCCUGGAGUUGACCAUGGGCCGGCGAAUCCAGUUCCCAAUUGAGAUGUCCAUGCCCUGGAUUCUAACGGACCAUAUUCUGGAAACCAAAGAACCUUCCAUGAUGGAGUAUGUCCUCUACCCCUUGGAUCUGUACAACGACAGCGCCUACUAUGCGCUCACCAAGUUCAAAAAGCAGUUCCUGUAUGACGAGAUAGAAGCUGAGGUGAACCUGUGCUUCGAUCAGUUUGUCUACAAGCUGGCCGACCAGAUCUUUGCCUACUACAAAGCCAUGGCUGGCAGUGUCCUGUUGGAUAAACGUUUUAGAGCUGAAUGUAAGAACUAUGGAGUGAUCAUUCCGUACCCGCCAUCCAACCGCUACGAGACAUUGCUGAAACAGAGACAUGUCCAGCUGUUGGGUAGAUCAAUUGACUUGAACAGACUCAUCACCCAGAGGAUUUCUGCUGCCAUGUACAAAUCCUUGGACCAAGCAAUCAGCCGCUUUGAGAGCGAAGACCUAACCUCUAUUGUGGAGCUGGAGUGGCUCCUGGAGAUUAACCGGCUCACACACCGACUCCUCUGUAAGCACAUGACGCUAGACAGCUUUGACGCCAUGUUCCGAGAAGCCAAUCAUAACGUGUCUGCCCCCUAUGGCCGCAUCACCCUGCAUGUCUUCUGGGAACUGAACUUUGACUUCCUCCCCAACUACUGCUAUAAUGGAUCCACAAACCGUUUUGUCCGAACUGCCAUCCCUUUCACGCAAGAACCACAACGGGAUAAACCCGCCAACGUCCAGCCUUAUUACCUCUAUGGAUCCAAGCCUCUCAACAUUGCCUACAGCCACAUCUACAGCUCCUACCGGAACUUUGUGGGGCCCCCUCACUUCAAGACCAUCUGCAGACUGUUGGGCUACCAGGGCAUCGCCGUGGUCAUGGAGGAACUGCUGAAGAUCGUCAAGAGCUUGCUCCAAGGCACCAUUCUGCAGUACGUGAAGACGCUCAUAGAGGUGAUGCCUAAAAUCUGCCGUUUGCCUCGGCACGAGUAUGGCUCCCCAGGGAUCCUGGAGUUCUUCCACCACCAACUGAAGGACAUCAUCGAGUAUGCAGAACUCAAAACAGACGUGUUCCAGAGCCUCAGAGAGGUGGGCAACGCCAUCCUGUUCUGCCUCCUCAUAGAGCAAGCUCUGUCUCAGGAGGAAGUCUGUGACCUGCUCCAUGCUGCACCUUUCCAAAACAUCCUGCCCCGAGUCUACAUCAAAGAGGGGGAGCGCCUGGAAGUCCGGAUGAAGCGUCUCGAGGCCAAGUACGCCCCACUUCACCUGGUCCCCCUGAUAGAGCGGCUGGGGACACCUCAGCAAAUCGCCAUCGCUCGGGAGGGUGACCUGCUGACCAAGGAGCGGCUCUGCUGUGGCCUGUCCAUGUUUGAGGUCAUCCUGACCCGAAUCCGGAGCUACCUGCAGGACCCCAUCUGGAGGGGCCCGCCACCCACCAAUGGCGUCAUGCACGUGGAUGAGUGUGUGGAGUUCCACCGGCUGUGGAGCGCCAUGCAGUUUGUCUACUGCAUCCCUGUGGGGACCAACGAGUUCACAGCUGAGCAGUGCUUCGGUGACGGCUUGAACUGGGCCGGCUGCUCCAUCAUCGUCUUGCUGGGCCAGCAGCGGCGCUUUGACCUGUUUGACUUCUGUUAUCACCUGCUGAAGGUGCAGAGGCAGGACGGGAAGGAUGAGAUCAUUAAGAAUGUGCCCCUGAAGAAGAUGGCUGACCGCAUCAGGAAGUACCAGAUCUUGAACAAUGAGGUAUUUGCCAUCCUGAACAAGUACAUGAAGUCUGUAGAGACAGACAGCUCCACUGUAGAGCACGUGCGCUGCUUCCAGCCCCCGAUUCAUCAGUCUCUGGCCACCACCUGCUAGGUGGAAAAUCCUGCAGACCUUCAGCCUGGAGCAGCAGGAGCAGCAGCAGCAGAAGAGAGACCACGGUGGUCAGCCUACAGCAGGUCCAGCUGACAGUGUGUGGGACAGGCCUGGAAGGAAAAGAAAACCUCCCCCAACACAUCUAUACCGCUCCCUCGAGCUGGGCUCCCGCAUGUUCUCCCAUGAUAUCUCCAUGGUGGGUUCUCCAUAGUGUAAAUGAAAAAACAACAACAACAACAACACAGGGCAGUGUGUGCUUCCUUCUUUUCUUCCCCCCACCUCAACUGUAUUUAAGAGCUACUGUUUCCACCCUGCAGCUGCCCGCUUCAUCUGUGAUUACUUCCCAAUACCACCUCCCAAAAUUGUAACCCGCUAUCUGUAUUUGAUCCAGCACUGUAGUCUUAGAGACAUAGAAGAAGGAUGUAGUCAUAGCAGAGAUGCCGGCCUGGCCCACUGGAUGCCUCAGCUUACUGGCCCAUCUUCUGUGGCUUCUCCCUCAAGUUCCCUAGUCAGAGCACUUCCUGCUCUUGAUGUUAAGGGGUCCCACCACCAAAGUUUGUUCUGUGGUGAACCAGGAAGAGGUUGCUGAUGUCAAGACAACAGAUGAUAUUGACCAGGAUCUCUUAUAUAGCCUCCCUAAGACCCACCCAAGACCCUCCUUGCAGAACAGCCCUAGAGAGAAUUAAGGCAGGCUUGCAAAAGCAUACGGCACUGGGUAGAACUAGAUGAAGAAGAUGUGAGGGAGAGAGAUCUGUCAGCACAGGGCAAAACUCCAGAUCCCGAAGGAGAAGCGUUAGGCCUCGUCAAUAGUGUGGGAAGAUGAGGCACUCCUGUUCCUCAGGCAGAGGCUUAGCACUGAACCACAUGGGAAUCCACAUGGUCAGUCAUAGCGCUACACCCAGCAUGAGUGAGUGACCGAGUCUGCGACUGCUUAACACACAACCUUAUCCAGGAAAAUCUCCCGAGAAAGAAAAUCUAAAGGGGUGACUUCAAUUGGAGACAAGGUGGCAAGGAAGAAAAAAAUUUUGUCAACAAGCUUUCUUUCAAUCCCCAGGCCCCUCCCCUCAAACAGAGCAAACUGGAAUUUUCAUCAUGUCAGCUACUAAAAGAUGCUUAGAAUGUCUCUUCCUUUUGCUCAUGCUCAGUGUUGGUGUAGAGUUUCUUUCAUGGAGGCGCAUUAACUUCUAUGUUCCAGACUACCAAAAUCCCCUGCACAGUCCCCACGUGUAGCAGAUCUUUAAAGAGAUUGCCCAUGUCUCCAUACAGAGCUAGUCAUCUGACCUGCAGAGAGAGGACAUAGCCCUGAGCCCCCCAGGACAUAGGAAUGAUACUCCUCUACCAGCCUGGGGAGGAGGAAAGGCAGGAACAACCAUCCCCUGCCCCAGAAAGUGACUGAUACCCAUCACCAUAUUUUAACCACACAGAGAACAGAAGAGAUGUGUAUAACCAGCACUUUGCCAGACAGGCCCACGUACCCCAGAGGAGGUCAUGUAAAUUAGAACCCUUGAGGAUGACACACCUGAGUGUUCACUUGUGGACACUAACUCUGAAUCUCUGGGAAUCAGGCCAGAAGAUCUGCCUCUUCCCAGUUAUAUUACUGCACACCAGAGACUCAGGGCCCUUACUGUAGAUUGGACAACUCCACUAACUCUGGACUCUGUGGUCUCUCUGAGCAAGAAUAGGCGUCAUUUGUAGUGUGGGGUUGUGGUUAGGAAUGGAAACGGUCCAGUCCUCCUAUCUGGCACUGAUAAUUCCUAGUCUGGUCAUUUUGUAAUGACCAUAGAUGUAUCCCCGAGGCAGACUCCACUUUCCAGAUCGUCAGCUCUGGCUGGGGAUGGCGUGUGAAUAACAGAUUUCCCUUGCUGAGGCCCCCCUCACUGCUCUGCUGAGAUUUGGGCUGUUCACGUCAUAAGGCUGCCUUCCUGGCAGCUCAUCCCUCCCACCCUGCACUCCUGACCCCAACAGUUGACCCUCUGGGAAGAGUCACAUUCUCCUCAAGAGAUUUGAUCCCAAUCAAUUGAGGUCCUCGCUUUGAGGACAGAGAUUCCAUUUCUGUAGCACUUGUCUGCAGACACUGGACAACUUCAAUGCUCUCUCCCCUCUAGCGGUCCUGGCCACCCCCUUUUGAUUUUUUUUAUCUAUUUAAAAAUCAAGAAAAAAGCUUAGAUUUUAAAAUGUUUUAAAAAGAAUUCUGUUUCAGAAACUGUCAAAUGUGUACCAUAUUUGUAUUAAGAGUUGUUGGGGAUUUUUUGUACAAUGAAUUUACAUUUAUUUAUGUGAACUUAUAUUUACGCUCGUGAUCAGAUAAUGAUGUUAAAUUCUUAAAUCCUAUUUGCUAUGCAGCUGAAGAUGAUAUUUUGAUUUGUAUUUUGGGGGUACCUGUGUUGAGUUGAUAAAACAUUUUCAUCUCCAUUAAAACUGCUUCCAAACCAGUUAAA